AUGCUUUCUGCAAGCGCAGCCCCUGUGCGAGAGACCAAGAGGCGACCGAGCAGGAGGACGGCCGAGUCUGAGCGCAAAGAGAGGGAGAAGGCCAGAGCUUACAGGUCCGAUGAAGGUGAUGUUCAGAGCAGGCGAAAGAAGAGGAGGCUGGAGGAGUUGGAGGUGAGUGGGGAGUGGUUGCAAAUCCUUCACGACAGAACAAUCUCUGCCUCAUCCUCUACAGUAACAGUACCGUACCGAACAGAGCGAUACCGCUAUGCUAGCGACUGACACUAGCUGUUCUGCUUGCCCCUCUUCUUGCAGCGUGGUACGCGGUCGGGCUUGGACACGUCGAGCAUCGUAUUGCCAAGCAAUAGCACAUACACUGGCACUCUAGCGGGCAUCUUGGCCGGCAGAGCCGACGCGAGAAAUCUUUCGGAUGAGGAGCUCGAUCUCGAUUUUGAUGGGGGCGCUGCUGGGCCCGAGUUGCACUCCAGGAGCAAUGCGACGGGAAACAGCGCUGCUGGAAAGACAAGCAGGGCGUCGAGUUCGAGCACCAAGAAAGGCAAGCACAAGCUGAGCGCAGAGCUUCAAGGGCUGCUCAGUACUCGCAAGGGCUUCGAGACAAGACGAGAAGAGGCGGUGAGCGGGGUAAGGAGGGGCCAUUCCGUGUGGAAGCGUGCUAGGUUCAUUCAGCUCAUGGCGCCAUUUAUAUUUCUCUUGUUCAUGCUCCAGUCUCAACACCCAUCUUGGGUCGCAUCCACUGCCAACUACGAUACGGCUGUUGCUCCGCCCUCGCGCUAUCCUCCCUCGAGAUCUGUUCCGCCCUUGUGCUCCAUAUGCGGCUAUUGGGGUCACCAGAGGUGCAAGAGGUGCGACGAGAGGUUGUGUAGUCUGAGCUGCACCAGCACGUGAGCAGAAGGAUAUGCCCGUCUUUAGCACCUUUUUGCUCGCGAUUCGACUGACUUUCACUCGUUCUUCAUUCGCCGCAAACAACAGACACGACGAAGCCAGGUGCGAACGACCCGUGUGA